UUUUUUAAAGAGAGAGAGAGCGAGUGUGAGAGCGUCUCACAAUUCCUCUCGCAUAGCAUCAUAAGCACAGUUAUUGGGGGAAGAGAAAAAUCAAGUUUAGAAAGAAGCGAGGCUCCGAGAUUCAAAGAAAGCAAACAACGAGGAAAAGAUCGGAAUAAAUAACGGAUGUAAAAAAUCUCGCAAGGAGGCUUGAAGAAAGAGGAAUACACGAGAAAACGACUGUUUUUUUAAAUUUAAAUGUCUGUUUAUUCCAUUUUUUUGAUACGAAGCUAACGGGAAAGAAAGGAUUGUGUUGGAGAAAAACUUGUUACGACACACGCAGGCAGAGAGACGAGAAGAACAUGCUUUUGUUAAUAUGGAUUAUAACUCUGACGUGGAAUCUGCAGAAAGUAUCCGCAGCUCAUUUUUCCCAGGAACCUGCAGACCAGACUGUGGUAUCCGGCCACAAUGUCCUGCUAUCCUGUAUAAUCUUCAACUACUCCGGGAUCGUCCAGUGGACCAAAGAUGGGCUGGCACUGGGCAUCGGGGAAGGGCUGAGAGCCUGGCCUCGCUAUCGGGUGCUCCGCAGCUCUGACUCCAGUCAGUACAAUCUGCAGGUGUCGCACGCUGAGCUGUCUGAUGAUGCGCAGUACGAGUGCCAGGCCACUGAAGCAGCGCUGAGGUCGAGACGAGCCAAACUCACUGUGCUGAUCCCCCCUGAAGACCCCGUGAUUGAGGGGGCUCCUGAGAUCCUGCUGACCGCUGGUGUCCCCCAUAACCUGACCUGCCGGGCCAGGGCGGCCAAACCCGCGGCCGUGAUCACGUGGCAACGUGACGGAGCCAAACAAGAGGGCGCGUUCAGCACCACGGAAGUGAUGUCAGACAGGAAGAGGGAGACGACGCUCAGCUUCCUGCCCAUCGUGCCGACCGACGCGGAUAUCGGGCGGGUGUUCACGUGUCACGCGAGCAACGAAGCGCUUCCUGCCGGGAAAGAGACCUCCGUGAAGCUCAACGUGCACCAUCCCCCGACGGUCACUCUGUCUCUCCACCCGCAGGCAGUCCUGGAGGGAGAGAGGGUGAUCUUCACCUGCACUGCCACGGCCAACCCUGAGAUCCUGGGCUUCCGGUGGGCGAAGGGGGGUGUUAUUCUGGAGGGAGAGAUGGGGAGUGUGUACGAGGCCUUCGUGGAUCACAGCUUCUUCACCGAGCCCGUGUCCUGCGAGGUGCACAACGCAGUUGGCAGCACCAACGUCAGCACCUUGGUCGACGUGCAUUUCGGCCCUCGCAUCGUGGUUGAGCCACGCCUCACCUCCGUGGACGUCGGCUCCGAUGUCACACUGACCUGCGUGUGGUCAGGUAACCCUCCCCUCACUCUCACCUGGAUCAAGAAAGGAUCAAACAUGGUCCUCUCCAAUAAUAACCAGCUGUAUCUGAAGUCUGUCAGCCAGACAGACGGAGGUCAGUACAUCUGCAAAGCCAUCGUUCCACGGAUUGGAGUCGGGGAGCGAGAGGUGACCCUGUCCGUCAACGGACCUCCGAUCAUCUCCAGUGACUCGGUGCAGUACGCGAUCAGAGGGGAUAGAGGAGAAGUCAGAUGUUUCAUUGAUAGCACCCCCACCCCAGACAGGAUUGCUUGGGCGUGGAAGGAGAAUAUUUUAGAGACCGGUACUCUGGAGCGGUACACCGUGGAGCGGUUCGACACCGGUACCGGGGUCCUCUCAACCCUGACCAUCAACAACGUGAUUGAAACCGACUUCCAAACACGCUACAACUGCACGGCCUGGAACAGCUUCGGACCCGGAACCGCCAUCAUCCAGCUGGAGGAAACAGAGAUCGUUCCUGUCGGGAUUAUAGCUGGAAGCACAGUGGGGGCGUCCAUCCUCCUCCUUCUCUGUCUGAUCGCUCUGACGCUGUUCCUGUACCGCCAGCGCAAAGGGAGUCGGAGGGGGGUCACUCUGGGCAAACCGGACAUUCAGGUCGAGACGGUCAACAAAGAGACGCACAACACUGAGGACGACGCCUCCAGCAUCUCCACGGCAACCAGGAUGGUCAAAGCCAUGUACUCUCCUUUCAAAGAUGACAUCGAUCUGAAGCAGGACCUGAGGAGCGACACGCUCGACACACGAGAGGAGUACGAGCUCAAGGACCCCACAAACGGAUACUACAACGUCCGCGCUGCUGGCCAUGAGGACACCAGACCCUCCUCGAGAUCCAUGCUCUACACCGACUACAGAUCAACCAGCGGACCCCCAUCGAACCCCGUGGGGCCCCUCCCGGAGAACAGGGGAGGGGGUGGAGGGGUCGGGGGCCGCUGCUACGACCCCAGACCGCCCUCUCGCCUGUCUCACAACAGUUACGCCCAGUUCAACACCUACAACCGAACUGGGGGGAGUGGGAACCCGAACCCUGGGCUGCCCGGCUCGGAGUUUGCAUCUGAAUGUGGUGGGGUCCUGGAUACCGCUAGUCAAAUGUCUUAUGACAAUUACGCCCCGACACACGUCUACCCUCCCAGCGCCACCACGUACGCCCCCUACAGGCUGGGUUUCGCAGCGCCGGCCAAUCUAGGAAACAUGGAGCGCUUGGACAUUCUGGGACCCGGGUACGAAGGCUUUUCAACGGGAGACGGGGGCUUGGGAAAGUACAGCGCGGCUAACACACGCUACUCCUCUGCCUCCCAGCACUCCGAGUUCGGGCAGAGACACCAGCAGCGCAUGCAAACCCACGUGUGAUCCGAAGACAGCCACGGUCUCCGGGGGGAAGAUCAGGGACCUCGAGAGAAGUGAAGGUCUCUGGGGUGACUCUGCGUUCGCGUCUCCUGCCGUUGACGUGACUUCCCGGUAAUGCAGGCAUCUUUCAAUCACUGAGCUUUGUUACCCAAAGACUAGGGGUGUUGGGGGGGGUGAACUAUGCAUCAUCAUCAGCUGCUGCUGAACUUGCUGCAGUCGCUUCCAGUAGGACCUCGUGUUGUUUCACGGCUCAUCCGUUGGUCUGCUAACUUGUUCAGUCGCAAGAGGCUGUUUUUCUCGAUUCUUCCCUCGAAUACGAAUGACUCGGACUCCCCAAAUCAAAACUGCAGAAGCAAUGGGGUAUUCAGCUGAAGGACUAAGAGUCCGAAAAUGUCCUGAUAGCAUUAAUUUUAUUUUUUUUAUAUCAAUUAUUCACAUUUUUGUAUACCUACAUUAUAUAUAUAUAUAUAU